AUGGCUUUGGCCAUGAAGCUCGCUCUGGCCACGGCCUUGCUGGUGGGGCCCUCCUUCCCUCGGCUCCUGGGCUUCUGCCUGCUGAUCGCGAGCAUGUGGUCCUUGAGGCUUCACCCGCGAAAGGUGCUGGACAUGAGCUGGCUGGACUUGCUGGUGGCCGUCAGGGCAACCUGGAGGCGCCGAGACCGGGUCAGCCUGGAGCGGGAGAUCAGCCAGUGCUGGGGCUCGGAGGUGGUCGUGACGCUUUCCGUGAGAUCGGGUUUCGACCUGCUUCUCUCGGCCUUGCAACUGCCCAAGCAGUCCGAAGUCCUCUUCGUCCCUGGAAUCACCAUUCCAGGGAUGGUCCAGAUAGUGGAAGCGCAUGGACUGCAGCCUGUGGGAGUAGAUCCACCCUCGCCCAUGCAGAUGCUCCCCACAAAGCUGGGGCCUUUCGUGACCCCGCACACUCGCGUCGUGGUGAUCUCCCACCUUUUCGGGACGAUCCACAAGGCUGGGGACCUCAUCCGCGAGGCCCAGGCGCUAGGCCUCCUGGUGGUGGAGGACUGCGCGCAGUCCUUCCUGGGCAGCGCCCCGAAGCGGUCGCUGGCAUGUGCCUGGCCUAUGGGUUUCCGGGGUCACGAGGUCUCCGAUGUGACGCUCUCAAGCUUCGGCAACAUCAAGACCCUCACCGCUUUGGGAGGGGGAGUGGCGCGGGUUCGGGACGGAAAGCUGCGCGCUCGCAUGAAGGAGAUCGAGGGCACCUGGCCGGUGCGGAGCCGGGGGCAGCGGCUGUGGACGGUUUUUCGAGCGGUCGUCUCAAAGCUGUUCCUCACGCCCAUGCUGUACGGGCUCAUGGAGGCGGUGGUCCUCAAACUGGGUUUGGAUUUCGACCACCUCAUCGUGACCUAUGUUCGUGGCUUCGCGAAGCUGGAGUACAUCCGGCAGCAGCCCACGUUGGAGCUUCUGGAGUUGCUGCUCUGGCGCUUGCAGUCGCAGCAGGUUGCAGCGUUCGAGGACGCCUCGCUGCAGUCCUCCGUCAGCCGGCGCCGCCGCUUGGCCAAGAUCAUCAUCGAGCGCCUGGAGAAGGAAGGCAUCGAGUUCGUGUCCAGAGGCGACGGCACCAAUGCCUGGUGGCUCUUACCCAUUCUUUGCGAUGACCCGCGGCAGAUGGCCAAGGAGAUGGUGUCCCGCGGCUUCGACGCCACAAGCACCACCACUCAGCUGCAGCGCGUGGUCACGGCGGCGACGUGCAAGCGUGAGGCCCUCAGGCCCUCAGAUGGCGAGGACUUCAUGGGCCGCGUGCUGUACCUGCCCCUCACGCCCAUCUUGCGCGAGGCGGACGCAGCGGCCCUGGCCGAAGCCUUCAUAGCCGCCCAGGCAGCCGUCGGCCGAGGCGCAGCGCCAUGCCGAGGACGGUCGCACGCAGGCGGCAGCCUAGCCGUUUGCUUCCUGGGGCUGCUCUUCCUCUUCUGGCCGUGGCUGAUCACGUGGUUCCUGCCGUCCGCGGCCACGUUGCGGAGCCUGAUGUUCUGGGCAGUCGCCCUUGGCGUCGUGGUCCUCAUCCUCGCAAGGUGGCUUGCAGCAGACAAGGGCCUGAAGAUGGACCCCCGAGUCCUGGAAGCUUUGCCUCCAGUGGUUCGGAGCGAGGGCCUGGAGCUUUGCAAGAAGACGUCUCUGAACGUUCGCAUUGACGGCGCAGUGCUCCUGACCGGGGGCACGGGCUUCGUGGGUGGUGGCAUCCUUUUCUCCUUGCUGGCACGUGCUGAGGAACUCGGCGUGACAAAGAUCGUGCUCCUGGUUCGGCAGCGCUCAGGCAAGACUUUGGCGGAGCGGCUUCAGAAGCUGCGGGAUCACACCAUGUUCGAUGAGGUGCGGGGGGCCUUUGACAAGUUUGUGGUGGGCCUUGAGGGCGACACUUCACGGCGGAACUUUGGAUGGACGGAGCCGAACCUCUCCUGGCCACACAAGGAGCCGCUGAAAGCGGUCUUGCACUGCGCUGGCGACGUGCGGUUUCAACAGCCCAUGCAGCAGGCAGCCGUGUCGCUCAUCUCCGCAACCCUUCAGAUGCAGCAGCUCGCCUCCCAGUGGAAGGCCAAGCGCUUCCUCUUUGUCUCCACCGCCUUCGUGCACGCCGUGCCUCCACCUAGCACUGAGGCGCUGCAAGAGAGACUCGUCGAGCUGCGUGACUUCGAUGCCAUGGAGCUCUACCGGGAUGCCAUGUCCCACGGUGCUUGGGCACAGACCGCGAUGCUGGAGCUAGGGUUUCCCAACACCUACACGUUCUGCAAGGCUGUCGCUGAGCACCUGGUCAUCCGAGCUUGUGAUUCGGAAGGAUUGGAUGUGCGGAUUGUCCGGCCUUCCAUCGUAGGACCUGCAUGGGCGUGCCCCUUCAUCGGAUGGGCCGGGGACAAGCCCUCAACCAUUGUGGGCGCUGGGACACUCCUCGCAAGGCGGGGCGUCCGGGUCUUCCGCGAUGCAUUCGACCACCCCUGCCCGGUGGUGCCCGUGGACAUGGUGGCCGACAUCACAGUGAAGGCCUUGGGUGGGGCCUUCAGCAGCGACCAUGGCCGGAUCUUCCACGCUUGCUUGGACUCCUCCGAGGCGAAUCGAAUGCCUUCUUUCAAGUUUUUCACCGCGCACUACUACCAAUUGCUGGCGCUCAGACAGUGCAUGUCCCUACCCGAGCUGGGCCUAAUGGCUAAGCUCCUCCGUUGGUGCGACAACAUCACAGUUUUUCACAUCGUGCAUGCCCUCGUCAACGUGCUGCCCAUGAAGCUCUUGGGCCUUCUUCGCAUUUGUUUGGAGAGGAUCUUCGCCUUGCUGGGCAUGAGGCUCAGCAAGCAGUUUUCCACAGCGGCAAAGGUGCUGGAGUCCUGCUGCACCCUGCCGAUGCAAUAUCAUUCCUUCUCAAGUCCCUGUGUGCCCUGGCACUUCCAGUCCACCGUGCGCCUGCCAGAGCAGUGGGACUUCUACGAGUACUUCCUGAUCUGCUGCCGCGCCGGAUACGCCUUCGCGCGGCCGAGCGCCGGGCAACUCCAGGCGCCAGGCCGCAACUACGCCAAGGAGUUUGCCGAAGUCCAGAUCUUCGCCCCCGCCUCCACACUCUCGGAUGCAAUGCUGACCUUUACACACCCGAAUGCGGGACCCUUCUAUGCGGUCGCAGCCUUCGUGGUACGACAGGGCCUAAGUUGGCUAAACCUCACUGUGACCCUGGAUGGCGCCUCCCUGCAGUCCAUCACCAAGCUGGAUGUGCCUUUGGUGCUGUGCCCACAGCACCGGUCUGUUCUCGACUUUGUGAUCAUUGGGCUUACGUGCUUCCAGCUGCAACCUGUUCUACCCACACUGAAGCUCCCUCAUGUAGCAGCAGACGCAGAGUUCUCCGGGCUGCCCUUUUUGGGCUGGGCCCUGGCUGGCCUGGGCGCCUUCUUCGUGCGCCGCGGCGGCGGCGCCGUGCAGCCGGACCCUGCCUUGCGUGCCAAGGUCGGCCGGGUUUUUCGCAGCGGCCGGCCACUGGAGGUCUUCCUUGAAGGCCUGCGCAGCCGCGGGCGGAGGCAGCUGCGGCUGCGGACGGGGCUGCUGAAGGCCCUGCGGGACAUCUCUCAGAGGACCGUGGCGCUGGUGCCCUUGGCCAUGUCCUACGAACUCCUGCCUGAGGACGGGAGCCUCUACAGGGAGAUCUGUGGGCUGCCCCGGGACCCGCUCCGCACCAUGGACUUCGUCUGGUGGGUGUUGCGGGGCCUCCGUGGGGAGCUGCCUCCCCUGGGCGAGGCCUUCAUGCGCUUCGGGGUCCUCCAUACUUUGGACGCCUCCGCCAACGUCGACUCCUUGGUGUCCGAGGUGCAGCGUGAGCUGGUGGAGCUCACCUCGGUGACGACACUGCACUGCCGUGCUCUUGGAGAGGUUUUGGGCUUCGAAGCCCAGGCUGUCAUGGACUCCUUGGAGGGUCAGGUGGCACUCCGGAGCUCCUCUCUGGACAAGCCCGGCCCGCUGCCCCCAGCGGAAUGCUGGCCCCUGGUGCUGCAGGCCGCGACCCUGGGCCCAAUCAGGCGUCGCCUGCCGCGGCACUGGGGUCGAUGGCUGGUCGAGGGCUUGACGGAGGAGGUUGCCAACGGCAAAGACACAGGUUCCCAAGCGGACAAGGAGACUGGGGAGGCUCCAGCGGUCCUGGACUUGGCUGCUCUUGCUGGCGCCUUCGAGUCCCACCUCCUGGCAGCGGAGAAAGCCGCCGAGCGGGCCAGCGAGGUGCUCAGGCAAAGUGGCACAGUGGAGAUCACGGAAGAGCAUCUGGUGCAGCAGCUCCUCUCUCAUGGCGGAGAGGUACCGCCUCCCCUGGCCCAGGGUGCCGCAGCAAUCGUGGCCUCCCGCUUCAAGUCAACGCGGUCUCUGGGCACCUCAAAGUGCAAGCAACCCGUGCGAGGCUCGAUGACACCCGUAGCUCCUCUUUGGCCAGCACACGAGGCUGAUCAGCUGAAGAACGACGAGUCUUUGGACCGGUGGGGCUUCAAGGACACCAAGUUCGUGGCUCAGUAUGUGGAUGGAAAGCCGGCUGCACAAAUCAGCUCCCAGAGGUACAAGGCCUUUGGCCGGCAACCACUCUUCCGACUGUGGGAGCUCUUCCAGCGCCAGCUCGCAGUUCCUUUGAAUGUCCGGGACAUGAUGGCCGAGCUCCCAAUGCCGGAGCUGCCAAAGCCCGCAGAGGGUCUAGAGGAGGUCUUAGCCAAGGUCCUUCCAUCAGGGCGGGCACGUUUCGAUGCCGAGUCGCGAAUCCGUGCAGGCACUGGCCACGGCCUGGCGGACAUCUGGCGUCUCCGCACUCGGCAAAUGGCACGUUUCUCUGAUGCUGUGGUCUGCCCAGAGAGCGAGGAGGAGGUCCAGGCAUUGCUCAAAGCUGCCGUUGCCUUCAACCGAGGCGUCGGCUUCGGGAUCAUCCCGGUGGGAGGCCGGACAAAUGUCACCUCGGCCACGCUGUGUCCACCCAAAGAGGUGGAUCCCAGACCUUUUGUGUCUCUGGACAUGCGUGGCCUGUCCGGUGUCCUUUGGGUGAAUGCCGAGGAUGGGGUGGCCAUGAUUGAGGCAGGCAUCACGGGCAUGGACUUGAAGACCGCACUGACGCAGCACGGAGUCACCAUGGGCAUGGAACCCGACUCGAUGGAGCUGUCCACGCUGGGAGGUUGGAUUGCAACGAGAGCCAGUGGAAUGAAGAGGGCCCGCUACGGCAACAUCGAGGACAUGGUGCUCGAGGUGCGGGUCGUCACACCCACUGGGCCGAUUUGGCAACGCCACGGUGAUCCGCGAGUUCCUGGACAGUCGCAAACAGCCAUUGGCCGGGCCUCCACCAACAUAGGCUUGCCGGCGCUAGUCCUCGGUAGCGAAGGCUGCCUGGGAAUCAUCACCUCUGCAGUUGUCCGAGUGAGGCCGUUGCCGGAGGUUGUUGAGUACCAGAGCGUGGUGUUCCCGGACUGGGACCGUGGAGCUGCGUGGAUGCGCGAGGUGGCCCGAAUGCCAGCAGGCCUGCGGCCGGCCUCGUGCCGACUGAUGGAUCAAAACCAGCUGCAGCUGGCGCAGGCACUUAAGGAAGGCUCUGAGCAGAAGGGCACCCUUGCCAGCCUGCGGGCAAGCCUGCGCGAGGCGUUCUUGUACUGGAAGGGCGUGUCCUUGGCGCAAGCAUCCGCCGCAACCUUGGUUUUCGAGGGUAGUCAUGCAGAAGUCAAGCUGCAAAUGAAGGAGGUCACAAAGCUGGUGUCCAAAGCAGGAGGCAUUUGGGGAGGAGCCUCUUCGGGGGCGGCAGGUUACACACUCACGUUUGCGAUAGCAUACCUGAGAGACUUCGGGCUGGACUAUCGCAUCCUGGCAGAGUCCUUAGAGACCAUGGCUCCCUGGUCUGCCAUCCAUGAGGUCUGGCCCAAGGUCACGGCCGCAGUUGCGGAGAAGCAUCGGGAACUGUGCUUGCCAGGCAGGCCCUUCAUGUCCUGCCGGAUGACCCAGCUCUACGACGAAGGAGGUGUGUUGUACAUGUACAUCGCGGUUUGCACGAACGGCCUUGAGCCAAAGCGUGCUCUGGAGGCCUUUGAGACGUUGGAGCACUCAGCUCGACAAGCUAUUUUGGAUGCCGGAGGCUGCUUGAGCCACCACCACGGUGUCGGGAAGCUUCGGGCCUCGCUACUUCCUCAGACACAGUCCCCGGCACUCACCCAGGUGCUCAGGGACUUCAAGACAGCCCUGGACCCGUCAAAUGUACUGGCCGCCGGAAACGGCAUUUGGGCUGCGUCUCUCGCCGAAGACUCCGACGACCUGCACAGCAUCGAGCUGAAAGACUGCGGCUUCGAUGUGAGCUACGUCUACGAGGGCAACAAGGCCAUGGUGUACGCUCCGGAGCCCAUAGACUAUGGAGAUCGCUAUCACUAUGGAGAUGGCUAUCACCACGAAGUCUUGGACCAAUUGGAAGACGCUAUGCUUGACGCAUGGCAUGGCCCGAUUGGCCCGCGGUUUGAGGGCCCUCAGCCCGAGCACCGGCGUCCUGACCACUGGCAUGAUUGGGCAGACACGGAUGCCACCGUGGAGCUCGGCCGAUGGAGCAUUCAGGAUUCCGCUCUGGUGGAAAUCGUCAAGCAGGAGACUCUCAACGUCAUGCGCAUUCCUCGCAUCUGCAGCGGCGAGCCGAUCCACAUCCACAGCUUAAACCUGUACGAGAACAACUUCGGCGAUCAGGGCGUGGAGGAACUCGUGGGAUACCUGACGCGGAAUCGCAUUCGCGUCGACAUCCUCCGUCUGUACAAGAACAACCUCAUCGGGAGCAAGUCAGCCAGCAAGCUGGCCGAGCUGUAUUCGCAGGACCGGCCCCCGCCAAAGGAGCUGCAUCUCACACACUGCCAGGUGGAUGCGACUGGCGCUGCAGAUCUGCUGCUGGCCAUGGCCCGUCGGUGGAGGACCGCAGAUCGAGUGAAGGGCGGCAAAGCGGCAAAGCCUGCUUAUGUACGCCUUGACCACAAUCGCUUCGACCUGCACGAAGUUGCUCCCAAGCUCUACGCUGCAAACUUCUCGAUCCGGGAGGGCUACGAUUCCAGAUGUCAUCAUCAAGAUGUGUGUCAGGUGCAUGAGAUGGGUGGUGGGCCCGCGCUCAUCAUGAUUCCUCAGAUGAAACUGAAUCAGAGUGCUCUGAAAAAGCUCCACCUCAGCCAAGCGACAGAAGGGAGGCAAAGCCGUGCAGCAGAGAGCGCCGAGGAGCUGUCCCUGUCCAUGGCCGAGACGCGCAGCCGACCUAGCACCACCCAGGAGAUCCCGGUGAGGGAACCUGCGCGGGAGCUUUGGAAGGCUAAGGGCCCCCCCUCGAUAGCGCAGGAGAACCUUGAGGAUCCACCUAAAGAUUGCGCGGGGUUGCCCAUCCGGAAGGGUUGCAAGGUGCAGUACCACAAUGAUGCCAACUGGAUUGGCCUUGUCGCCGGCUUCGACUACAAGGGCACAGCCGUCAUCGACUGGAAAAGCGGCGCCAAGAAGGGCGAACGCACUGGCGCCGGUGGUAGGUACGUGCGCGUCGUGGAAGAUCUGCCGGACGAGGUGAGAUUAUCACAGGAGGCGGCACAGGAGGUGGCCCUGCCAAAGAUGCAGGAGGACGCUCCUCCCAACGACGAGCCAUCGCCGCGCCCUUCGUCUUCGGAUCACUCUGCAAACUGCCAGCGAGCCGACAAGGGGUGGGUGGAUGAGAUGACGAGGACCGAGGAGGAUGACGAGACGUUGGAGUCCCGUCGGCAGGGGCACCCCUGGGCAAGCGAUCAGGUGAUGCCGCAUGGUAUCUGGCAAGAUGCGCAGACGUGGGGCACCUUCCCUGGCAUUUGGAGG